CAUCGAUCAUUUGAUACACACAUAUCCGUACCCGGUUCCAACGGUUGGAAGGAGUUGAUCGUGCGAAAGUGCGUUUGGUGAUUGAUUUAGUUUAAUAAAACAAAACAAAUGGCACCGAAAGGAAUGAACUCGUGGAAGCUAGUGGCCGCACUCUACUGUGUCUGCUGUGCUGGACAGCUGUGUCGGGCGGGACCAUUGCCGGAAGAGUUCCCGCAGGACAGUUCGACGGAAGAGAACCAUCCCACAGGCUAUCCACUAAACUCUCUCUACAGCCCGAUGGAGUAUGGGUCAACUUUGGAGGAAGCCCAAGAUGCUCUGCUUUCGUCGAAUAGUUCCCAAAACGGCACUAAAGAACUGUAUGUGAUCAAAGCGGUCGUUUAUGAAAUCGGAAUACUUGCCGAUGUGCCAGAAAAUGAAACACUGGAAGGAGAUGAACCGAUCACCCACCAGCAGGUAGAUCUGUCCUUCUUCAGCCACGGCGACAACGAUACGCACAUCAAUCUCGGGGACAUUCCGGUUCCGAUUCAAACCAGCGUGCAGGGUCAGGUGUUCACUGGGAUCGCCCCCGUGCACGUCGGUGCCGUCCCGACCAACCUCAGCGAUCUGCUAUCCGCCCUGCCGAUCUCCGGCACGGUCGUUAACAUUUCGCAAACGAACAGCUCGUACGUGGAGGUGCACAAGCACAACGUGAGCGACGCGGCCGUCCUGCUGAACCAGAACAACCUGAACAGCUUACCGUUCUCCAGCUCCGCCAGUGAACCGCUGGUGCCGGCCAGUGUCGACGAGACGGUGAUCGGCCUGACGACCAACACGAAACCACCGACGGACGAGGAAGGCGACAAAGAGUAGGGAGGGGGGAAAAUCGGUGGACUGCGAUUCCACGACAGUCACGUGCGCUUACGAACAACUUCCUAGGCUAAGGUUAUUUUUAAUGAUAAAUUAAAACACAAGCAAUGA